UUCUCUAAAAGCGGUUGGUUCUCGAGAAGCGGUUCUCCUUGAGAGUGACGGUUCUCCUCGUGUGGUUCUUGAGAGUGACGGUUCUCAAGAAGUGAUGGUUCUCCUCGAGAAUGAUGGUUCUCAAGAAGUGAUGGUUCUCUGGAAGCAUUUCUCGAGAGUGACAGUUCUCCUCGAGUGGUUCUUGAGAGUGACGGUUCUCCUCGAGUGGUUCUUGAGAGUGACGGUUCUCCUCAAGUGGUUCUUGAGAGUUACGGUUCUCCUCGAGUGGUUCUUGAGAGUGAUGGUUCUCCUCGAGUGGUUCUUGAGAGUGACGGUUCUCCUCGAGUGGUUCUUGAGACUGACGGUUCUCCUCAAGUGGUUCUCUAGAAGUGACGGCUCUCGUUCUCGCCGAGGGUUUCGGAGGCGUGUCGCGGAUGGGGUUUCGUUGUUGGUGGAUCUUGUGGUGGUUCUGAAACCAUUCCUGGAGAGAACCACUUAUUGUGACUCUUGUGUGUGUUGGGUUCUGAACCACUCAAGAGACUCGGUGUGGGUUCUGAACCACUUAUGUGACUCUUGUGUGUAAGUUCUGAACCACUCACUCUUUAUGUCAGGUUCUGAACCACUCAAGAGACUCAGUGUGGGUUCUGAACCUUUCCUAGAGAGAACCACUCACUCUUGUGUGUAGGUUCUGAACCACUCACUCUUGUGUGUAGGUUCUGAACCACUCACUCUUUAUGUCAGGUUCUGAACCACUCAAGAGACUCAGUGUGGGUUCUGAACCUUUCCUAGAGAGAACCACCCACUCUUUAUGUCAGGUUCUGAACCACUCAUGUGACUCUGUGUUUUUUGGCUCGAAAUGGUUCGUCGGUUUGACUCUUAACGUCUGCAGAGGAGAAAGAAAGGAGAAAAGGAGAAAAGGAGAAAGAAAGGAAAGGAGAAAGAAAAAAGAAAGAAAGAAAAGAAA